UAUAUACAUAUUGAACAAAUACACAAAAUAGGCAAAAAUGCCUUUAUAUACUGAUUCUUCUGGUUUAUAUUGGGCUCCAAUUGCUACAAGCACCAGUAGAGAUUCUUAUUCAUCAUAUUUACCUGGUGCUUAUACAUCAUACACACGUCCAUUAACAUAUUCUUUACCAUCAACAUCAACUUCGUCAUUACGAUCAAAUUAUGCGAGUAGUUCAAGAUAUCGUCCAAAUUUAUCAACAAUCAGUGAAACACCAUAUACAUCAAGAGGUUUAACUUCUCUAACACGUAUCAAUUCACCGAAAGUUUCAUCAACAGAUAUAACAUCAACAUAUCAUUCAACAUAUACACCGGCACGUCCAAUUAAUAUUAAUACAGCUGAUAUCGAUGUAUCUGAAGAACGUUUUAAAAAAAGUAAUACUAGUAAAUAUCGUAAUUAUAAUUUAUCGACACCAAUUACAACUUCAAUUACAGAAAAUAUUAAUGAAUCGAAAACAGAUAAUUUAGUAGAUGAAUCGAAAACUGAUAUUAAUAAUAAUAACAGGGAUGUAAAAGAACAAAAUGAUGAUAAUAAAGUUACUAAUAAUAACGAAAAUGAUUAUAAUUCUAAUUUUAUUAAUCGAUCAACUAUUAAACGAAAUCGUACAGUUGUACGUUUAUCAAUAUCACGUCCAAGAAAAUCUCAAAAUACUACAAUUAAUUCAUCAUCAUCGGCAUCACCUAAAAAGAAAAAAAUUGUUAAUGAUUCAACAAAUAAUGAUACUGCAAAUACGACCAAUUUAAAUCAUUCAAAUGUUUCCGAUACAGAUAAUUCCGUAUCAUGGCGUCAAAAAGUUGGUGAAGAUUUGUUGAAACCAAUAAAAAAUAUGAAGAAAACACCAGGUGAUUUGAUACGCGAAAAACAUAUUAUUCCAAUUUCGGAUCAAGAAAAUAAAACUGAAGCCCAAAUUAAUGAUGAUCAAGAUAUAGAGGUACCAGAAAAUUUGAAGCCUAAGGAAGGUGAACCAACUGAUUUAAUUGUAGAAGUAGAUAAUGUAACACAUACAGCUAAAAGGCGUUUAAGCAUUCCUAGAUGUCCCGAUUUUCAAGAUUUUUGUGAAGAUAUUUCUUCAGAUAAAUUAGAUGAUGACUUAAAUGCCGGAGAGUUAAGACGUAGGGCUUCUUUAAUACAAGAACAAGAAAUCGAACUAUUAAAUCAACUACAAAAAUCUGCAUCUGGUUCCGUUCAACUUAUACAUUUGGAACGUGUUGAAAGUACACCUGAUUUAGUGCCAUCCACCAAAAGGAAAUCUAAAAAGAAACGUAUUCGACAUAAAAUUACUGCCACUGUUAAUGUUGAUAAUCCAUCACAAUUACUUAGGAUAGAUGAAAAGCUUCCUUUAGAAUCAUCCAAUAAAGAUCAAUCACAAAGCCCAGAAACCGGAAAAAAAUCACCGAAAAUUAUUUACAAUGUUGAUGCUAUUGAAGAAAAUCAAACUGUUGAAACAAUUGUAAAAUUACCGAAAAAGAAAAAGAAAGCUGCAGAUAAAAAGUUAGAAACUAUUGAAAAUAUGAAUGCUUUGGAAGAUUCCCCAAAGACGGCGAAGAUAACAAAAAAUCAAGCACCGUUGAAUGCUAAAAACGGUAAAGUAGAAAAUAUGGAAGAAUGUUUAGUUGAUAAACCAAAACAAAAGAAGACUACUGAUGUGUCUAUUAAACCUAGUAAUGGAACACAAAGUGAAAUAUCAGCACCAAAGACCCCAUUGAAAACGGCGGAUGCUUCACCAGGAAGUCCAAAGACACCAAAAUCGGCACCUCUUAGCCCGUUCAAAAAGCCGAAAGCGUUGGAAUUAAAAAAAUCAGCAACUUCGGUUGACAAUUCUGAAAAAGACUUGACGGCUGCGAAAAAAGAUAUUAAAAAACCAUCUACUCCAGACUAUUUUAAAUUCGAUGAGGAAUCAAUUUCUGAAGCACAAAAAUUAAUGAGUCCGUCAUCUGCAAGUAAAGCAACUACACCUAAAUCAGCUCCACAAAACAAAACUUCUGAACUGAAUAAAGGUUCGGAUGAAGUAAAAUUGCGUAAUAAAGCGAAAUCCGGAAAAAAAGUAGAAAAAUCAGAUAGUGGGGAAGAUUUUUGGAAUUCGGUCGGCUCUAGAGAAACCAUUUAUUUUGAUAAACGAAAGAAAAGUUUAAUUGAGGAUUUGUGGGCAAAAAGAGAAACUCUUCUCGAAAAUGAGCAAAUUAAAGAUGUGAAAAAUAUUGAUACAAUUAAAGAAAAGGUAAAUAUACAAAAACAUGAAGAAUUAAAAGAAGCAACUAAUUAUAUAGAACCAAGUGGUCAAGCCGAAAAUAGAAGAGCCCGAUCAAAUGAAUCAGCAUUAUGCGAUAAAAGUAAAGGUAUUUUUAAACAAGACAGUCAAGAAAAAGCACCUACAAAUGACGCAUCAACCAAAAAUUCAAAAGAAGUAAAUGAUAAUAAACUAAAAAAAGCGACUGAUGCAUCGUCUACACCUAUAACACAAACAAAAGCAAAGGAAAAGUCUAAUAUACAGAAAACACAACAACUACAAGAAUCAAAUGAAUUGCCAAAAAAAUCAUCUGGGCUAGAUGCCAAGUCACCUGAAAUAAAAAAUAAAGUCGAUCAAAAUAAAAAAGAAACCCCUACAUUAGAUGUAGCUGCAUCUGAUAUCAAUAAAGCGACAAAUAUUUCUUCACCUGGAACCCCUAAAUCUCCUGGCCUAAAUAAGAUUACAACAAAUAAAAAAAUUGGUGAAAAUAAUCUCAAUAAGCAAAUAGACAAAUUAUCAAAAGUACAAUCGGAUAAAGUUAAUGACGCUAAAAGUUCCGCAUUCAAUGAACAAGGAAAAGAAAAUAAAAUUGCAUCGAAAUCAACAAUAACAAGUAAUGCAACUGAAACUAAUGCCAAAUCAAAUCUUUUAAAUAAAUCCGAAAUUGAUAAAAAUAGAAAAGAAUUUGAAAUUGGGUCAUCAAUUCAAUUGUCAACACAAGAAUCUAUUACAUCACCAGAAUCAACUCUUAACAAAGAGAAAACACCAAUCACUUCAAAAAAAUCUACAUCACAAUUAGAUGAUAAUCAGAAAUUAGCAACGGAAAAUGUUCCUAAACAAUCUUCAAAUGAUAAUUUAAUAAAUAAAGAGAAUAAAAGCUUAGAAAAAGAGAAUAAUUCUCUUUCAACAAUUUCGAAAAAUUUGACAACAUCAGAUCAAAAGAAACUUAACGAUAAAGAUAAGAUCAAAACAAAUAAGAUAACAACAACAACAAAAACAGCAAGUAAUGAUGAUGUUAUAGAAGCAGGAAAAAAUUCUACUGUUAAUAGUGACGUGAAAAAUGAUAAUAAAAUUGCAAAAAUAAAUUCAGAAAUUUCGUCUGAUGCCAAAAAUAAAAAUAAACCAGAAACUACAGCAACAACAAAAACAAAAACAUGUGACGAUAAAAUAACAACAAAAAAUAUAAAAUCCGCUACAGCUACAGCCACACCGACAGAUAAUGUUGCUGUAGCUUCUGCUACCACAUUAAAAUUGGCAAACAAUAAUAUUUCCGAUGAUAAGUCAAUAGACAACGGUGCUAGCAAUCAGAACAAGAAAAAUUUAAAGAGUGAUAGUAGUAAUUCAAAUAAUACAGAAUUAAAGAAUACUACAAAAACAUUAGAAAAACCAGUAGUGGGAGAACGUGAAUCCCUACAACUUUCAUUUAAAAAGGUUUUAAAUAAAAAUAAAGAAGCUCAGUUAGACGAAAAUAAAAAAAGUGGAAACUUACAAAAAUUCGAUACAAUACAAAAUUUAAAUGACUUUUUAUUUGAUGUUGACGCUGAAGUAAAAGAUACAAGUCAAAAAAGUAAAAGUGAUACUAGUAAUUCAUAUAAUAGUAAUAGUGGAAGUGAUUCAGAUAGUAUGAAACGUAAAGAUAAAAAACAAAAAGAAAAGGCUGCGGCUCCAGAACCGCAACCCUUCAAUCGUAAUAGAAUUAAAGUAGAACAUGCUAAGAAAUUAUUUGUUAAAGAUGAAGCAGCUAAUAAGUAUAUGUUAAUUGCAACCCCACGACCAUUAUGGAAACCAGAAAAAUUCACAAAUUAUAACAGUGAUAGUAGUGAUGACAGUGAUGAUGAAACAACUGAUACUGAAGAUGAUAGUGAAUGUGAAACAACAUCAUCUGAGGAUGAUUCUGGUGAAGAGAAUGAAUUAAAUAGAAGUGAAAAUAAUUAUUUAAUUCGUAUGAGUACAUGCAGCAAUGAUUCAGGUUUUGUUGGUGGUACAGCACCAACAAAUCCGAAAAAAAUGUUAGAAACUUCGUACACAUAUGCACAAUUCCAAAAAACUGGACGAAUUACAGCUCCAGCAACAAAUAUUCCUAGAUUUAAGAAAUAUGCAGUUGAAGACUUCCAUUUUCUAGCAGUACUUGGUAAAGGAAGCUUUGGAAAGGUUCUUUUAGCGGAGCUACGAAAUUCUGAUUAUUAUUAUGCUGUGAAAUGUUUGAAAAAAGAUGUUGUCCUUGAGGAUGACGAUGUUGAAUGUACAUUAAUUGAAAGAAAAGUUUUAGCAUUGGGUACAAAACAUCCAUAUUUAUGUCACUUAUUUUGUACAUUUCAAACUGAGAGUCAUUUAUUCUUUGUAAUGGAAUAUUUAAAUGGUGGUGAUUUAAUGUUUCACAUACAACAGAAUGGUAGAUUUUCAGAACCAAGAGCUAGAUUUUAUGCAGCUGAAAUUGUUUCGGGUUUGAAAUUUUUACAUAAAAAAGGAAUUGUUUAUAGAGAUUUGAAACUGGAUAAUGUUCUACUCGAUUUUGAAGGACAUGUACGUAUUGCUGAUUUUGGAAUGUGCAAAUUGCAAAUAUAUUUAGAUAAAACAGCUGAUAGUUUUUGUGGAACACCCGAUUAUAUGGCACCUGAAAUAAUUAAGGGUGAUAAUUAUAAUCAAAAUGUAGAUUGGUGGUCAUUUGGUGUAUUAUUAUAUGAAAUGUUAAUUGGUCAAUCACCAUUUAGCGGUUGUGAUGAAGAAUAUUUAUUUUGGUCAAUUUGUAAUGAAAUUCCAAUGUAUCCGAUGUGUUUAUCACAAGAAGCGACCAAUUUAUUAAAAGCGUUAUUAGAAAAAGAUUCAACAAAAAGAAUAGGAUCUCAAUAUAGUCCACAAGGUGAUAUAUUAGUCCAUCCAUUUUUUGCUCCAAUUGAUUGGGAAUUAUUAGAGAAACGUCAAAUUGAACCACCAUUUAAACCGCAAGUUAAACAUCCAUUGGAUACAAAAUAUUUUGAUAAAACAUUUACACGCGAAAGAGUACGUUUAACACCAAUUGAUAAAGAGAUUUUACAUUCAAUGGAUCAAGCACAAUUUCAAGGAUUCUCUUAUACAAAUCCAAAUGCAACAUUGGAUUAAAUUCUACAAUAUAUUUUAUAUAUAUAUAUAAAAAAAAACAAAA